CGCUCAGCAUCGCAGUUCUCGCUUGCUCCACUAGCGAUCAGCUGUUCACCAUGUCUGGACGUGGCAAAGGCGGCAAGGGGCUCGGGAAAGGCGGCGCCAAGCGCCACCGCAAGGUUCUGCGCGACAACAUCCAGGGCAUCACGAAGCCCGCCAUCCGGCGCUUGGCUCGGCGCGGCGGCGUCAAACGCAUCUCGGGGCUGAUCUACGAGGAGACUCGCGGUGUGCUCAAAGUGUUUCUGGAGAACGUGAUCCGCGACGCGGUCACCUACACCGAGCACGCCAAGCGCAAGACGGUCACGGCCAUGGACGUGGUCUACGCGCUCAAGCGCCAGGGCCGCACUCUUUACGGCUUCGGCGGCUGAGCGCGGCGUCUGCUCUGGGCCAUCUUCUUGGCCUCUUGCAAAUUCAACCCAAAGGCCCUUUUCAGGGCCCCCAAAGGAUCGGGAAGGAGCUGGCGCACUUUAUCAGUCGGGUUCUGAGGCCGGGCUGGGUUACCGUAAGGGAGGCUGGGGGCGCCUAGGCGGCGAGAGCCAGCCUUCAGCGACUCGCAUUGUCGCAUAUGCAAAUUGAGCCGCCUGAAACGCAGGUUCUCAUUGGAGCGGUGGCCCCCGCGGCUCCGCCCACCUAUGGAGAAAGUGGUCGGCAUGCUUGCUGCGUGCUGUUGGUCCGCGUGAAUGGAUUUUUUUUCUCGGAUUGUUUCUGGGUUCCAAGCUGAAAGCUGGAACUCCGGGGUGCUCGGUGGCUGUGUCCCGCUUUGCAACCUCUAGACCUCGGGAGAGGCGGCCUGUAGCGGGUGCUCUCGAGAGGGAGGUUAAAGACUCCGGUUCCUUACGGGCAAUAGGAAACUUGAGGCUUGGGACCCCAAAAUAGGAGGUGUAUCUGCAGUGUAAACGGCUUUCUCAGCAGUACCUAAUUUCCUGCCUUAACGAUGUGUCCUUUGAGGAAAGGGGGACUCGUGGUCCACCUUUAGGUUAGGGUGGUCAGCUUCCCGAGUUCGGAUUCCUCAGACCAGGGGCUGUUUGCAAGUCUCUUUUUGUUUGUUUUUGUUUUUUCUUUUUUGGUUUUUCGAGACAGGGUUUCUCUGUAGUUAGGAAGGCUGUCCUGGAACUCGCUCUGUAGACCAGGCUGAUCUGGAACUCACAGAAAUCAGCCUGCCUCUGCCUCCCGAGUGCUGGGAUUAAAGACGUGCACCACCAACGCCCGGCACUGUUAAGUCUCAUUUUUAAGAAUGUUUUUUAAUCUGUUCUUAUAGAAGAUCUGGUUUCUCAACGCAUGGGUGGGUUAGCUCAGAAUCACCUGCAAUUCCAGCUCCAGGGAAUCAAGGUGCCUUUGGCUUCCUUGGACACGCGGACUCAGAUCUGCACAUCCGUUCUUAUAUAUAACUAAGCACAGUAAUUUUUUUUCAAUGCCCUAGUUCUUUGACGUUUGAAGUUCCUUACUCGUCUCACUCACUGGCUUAGGGAAUAGGAGCUGAUCCUGGGGUUCCCUCCAGGAACCUGGCAUGUCUUUAGGAACGGUUAUCUCGUGAGACACCUUCUAUGUAACAGGUAUUAUGUGCCAUCUUUCAGCAGAUUUAAGUGUUGUUCAAUUUAAGUUUAUAGCUUGGACAGGACGACGAAGACUAAAAAACUGGAGGCUGGGUUUGAACUCGGCCCUGUGAGGUUUUUACACAGCUUCGUCCUUGUGCCACUGUUUUUGUCAGUCAGGCUCCCGUGCCUCCGUUGCUGAUACUCACUUCCGCCUUCUGAGCACACAUAACGCUGGUGUUGAUUGAUCUAACGAUCUCAUUUCCUUCAACCAAGUGAAAAACUGAAUUGCUUAUUUUUCUUUAGAAAUAUUUUCAGCUACAGUUACUUGGCUUCAUAUUUUCAAACUCAUUUUUCUUUUUGUCCAGUGAACUAUUUUCCUAAAUUACUUUUGGCGAUUUUUAUUUUCUUGUAAAGCCAUGUUUUAUCAACGUAUUAAACACAGAAAAUGCAAUUAAAAAGUGUUUAUCACCCCAA